CGGAGAACAUCUGCACUCUUUCGUCUUUUCUCUUUCAGUUUUGACGUGCAGGCAAAAUGGUCAAGCUCGGCAAGAAUUCUAAGCGGGUGCCCGUCCGCCUUAGGCACAAGAUUGAAAAGGCCUCUGUUGCCAAGCAGAGGAAGCAGAAGAAGUUGGCCAAGAAGAACCCAGAAUGGCGGUCUAAGCUCAAGAAGGACCCGGGUAUCCCCAACCUUUUCCCGUUCAAGGACAAGCUCCUCCAUGAUAUCGAGGAGAAGAAGCGCCUGAAGGGCGAGGAGCAGGAGCGCAUUCGUGAGGAGGCUCGUGCUCGCCGCGCCGAGGCCAAGCAGGUUCAGGGUGGUAACCAGGGUGUGGACAUCAAUGAAGACGACCUUGUGGACGAUAACAUGGACGAGGAUGACAACGACUCGAACCCCAUGGCUGCACUUCUCGCCUCUGCCCGCGCCCGGGCUGCGGAAUAUGACGACAAUGAGAGCGACGAUGACGAGAUGGACGAGGACGACGAUGAUGAGAUGGAUGAGGACGAGGAGCAGGGUGGCGCGAUGCUCGACGACUCUGCUCCAGACCUGGUCACUGCACGCCCCAAGGAAAGCUCACGACGUCAGUUCGACAAAGUCUUCAAGAAUGUCACCGAGGCUGCGGACGUUGUGCUGUACGUUUUGGAUGCCCGCGAUCCGGAGGGUACUCGGUCAAAGGAGGUUGAGCGCGAGAUCAUGGCUGCCGACGGUGGCUCCAAGCGUCUGAUCCUCAUCCUGAACAAGAUUGAUCUCGUCCCGCCGCCCGUCUUGAAGGCCUGGUUGGUGCACCUGCGCCGUUACUUCCCUACUCUGCCGCUUAAGGCAUCGAACGGCGCCGGCAACGCACACAGCUUCGACCACAAGCAAUUGACCAUCAAGGGCACCUCAGAUACUCUCUUCCGUGCGCUCAAGACCUAUGCCCACAGCAAGCAAUUGAAACGCUCCAUUUCCGUCGGUGUCAUCGGAUACCCCAACGUCGGAAAGUCCUCGGUGAUUAACGCCCUGACUGCACGUCUCAACAAGGGCUCCAGCAACGCCUGCCCUACCGGCGCUGAGGCCGGUGUGACCACCAACAUGCGCGAGGUGAAGCUCGACAAUAAGCUGAAGCUGAUCGACUCUCCCGGUAUUGUCUUCCCCUCUGCCGACGGCAAGACCAGCAAGAAGUCCAAGGAGAACGAGCAGGCCCGCCUUGUCCUGCUCAACGCCAUCCCGCCCAAGCAGAUCGAGGACCCGAUUCCCGCGGUUAACCUCCUGGUGAAGCGACUCUCUGCCUCGGAGAACCUGAUCGCCAAGAUGCUCGAGCUCUACGAUAUCAACACUCUCUUCCCGACCCACGGUGACAAGACCACCGACUUCCUGAUCCAGGUGGCUCGCAAGCGCGGACGUCUUGGAAAGGGCGGUAUCCCCAACAUUGAGAGCGCCGCCAUGACCGUGAUCAAUGACUGGAGAGAUGGUCGUAUUCAGGGCUGGGCCAACGCACCGGUCCUGCCUGUUGUCACAGCUGAUGCGGCGACCACCACAGCCACCGCCGGUUCUGGCGCCGAUACCACGCAGGUUGUCACCGAGUGGGCCAAGGAGUUCAAGAUCGAGGGUCUCUGGGGCAACGGCAAAGGUGACGGCGAGGAGAUGGCCGAGUAG